AGACCUCCGCAGAAUAACUCACCUACAUAAUCAACACCGGCUAACUGACCAACACCCAAAUUACCUUUGAUUUGAUUUGGACAUCAAGAGCUAUGGCAUGGACUUCUAGAUUAAUCACCGUUGCUGUUCUGAUCGCACUCAUGGGAUGUUUCACUGGCGCACUUGGCAACUAUCGUCGUCCCACUCGUGUUGGAGUGAACUGCUGUAAGGAUGUGUCGAAAGCAAGAAUCCCUCCUGCAACUAAACUGAUUGGAUACAAGCAACAGAAUGCUCUGAGUCCAUGUGUGGAUGCGAUAAUAUUCUACACAGAGAAGGAAAAGUACUGCUCUGAUCCAAAAGCGCGCUGGAUUCAAGACCGUCUGAAAGGUCUGGAGGAGAUAAUGGACUGAGUCAAUGGAGGCCUAUAAGAUGCUGCAGAUCUAUCUUUUAUAUCAUUAUGUAUGUUUAUUUAAGCAAAAAAAAAAAAAACAUCUUCUAUUAGAUCCUCUAGCUUAUGUGAGUGUUAAAAGCUGUUUAAUCGCUUUGUUUUAUCUGCUUUAAAAAUAAAAUGCAAUUUUUGAAAAAUGACCAUUCAAGCUGCUUACUUUCACUCAAACAUCCAGCCUUUUCUAUGUAACAGUUUGGACUGUAUUUAAUCAUAUUUAUGCUGAAUCAUUAAAGAAAUAGUUCA